AUGCACUUCAAGGCCUCUUUCUUGGCUGCCGCCGCCGCCGCCGGCCCGGCCAUCGCCCACAGCAGCUCAGUCCAGACCACCACCUCUGCUUCGGCUUACUUGGGAGGACUGAACCUCUACUGGGGACAGUACGGCCUUCCCGAUGACAGGCUUGCGAACUACUGCGAUGCCCCCGGCGUCACCUCUGUUUCUCUCUCCUUCGUCACUUACAGCCCGAAAUGGGGUAACGGAUACCCGGGAACCAACUUCGCCGGCCACUGCGGCGGCGAGGUGUUCUUCAAGAACCCCUUGACCGGCCUGACCACCAAGCUCAUCACCAACUGCGACUACAUCAAGACGGACAUCAAGUACUGCCAGAACAAGGGAAUCAAGGUGCUUCUGAGUGUCGGCGGCCAGUGCGACACGUCCCUGACCGGCGGAAACGGAUGCCCCUACGACGUCGAUAGCGAAGCCGCUGGCCAUGAGUUUGGAGAGCUCCUGCACAAGACUUUCGGUCCCUACGACCCAACCUGGGCUGGUCCUCGUCCGUUUGAUAUCAGCUUGACGGAGCACGUCUCCGUCGACGGUUUCGACAUCGACUUUGAGUUCAAGUACGCCGACCAAAAGCCCUACAUCGCGCUGGUUGAGAAGCUCCGCAGCUGCGGCAACUACUACAUCUCUGCCGCUCCCCAGUGCCCUACCGGCGACCAGUGGUUCCAGCUGAAGGAGCUCAUCUACACCGUCAAGUUCGAUGCCCUCUUCAUCCAGUUCUUCAACAAUCCCGGCUGCCAGAUCUCCGACACCCCCAACUACGAUGACUGGGAGACCGUCAUCUCUCAGACUUCGCAGAGCAAGGAUGCCAAGCUGUACCUCGGUGUUCUCGCCAGCCCUGCCGCUGGCUGGGCUGGUUACGUCGCCCCCUCCGUCGUCAAGGACUUGAUCUGCAAGGUCAAGGCCAAGGCGCACUUUGGCGGUGUCUCUGUCUGGGACGCCACCCGCGGCGGCAUGAACCUCGUCGGCGGCGAGGCUUUCCACGUUGCUAUCGCUGCUGCCCUGAAGUACGGCUGCGACGAAAUUCCUUCCAACAGCGCGUCCAUCUCGGCCUCCGCCUCGGCUUCUGUCGCCAACAGCGCGAGCGUCUCGGCUUCUGCUUCGGCGGCCAGCGUUAGUGCCAGUGCAUCUGCCUCGGAUUCCGGCCCCAUGGUUAACUCGGCUACCGUCUCCGUCUCCGGAUCCGCCAGCGGCGCCGCUUCUGCUUCUGCUUCUGCCUCUGCUGCCAACAGUGUCUCCGCUGCGGCCAGUGCGAGCGCGAGCGACAACGUGUCCGCCUCGGCAUCCGGCUCAGCUGCCAGUGCUUCUGCUUCUGGCUCCGGCUCCGGCUCUGGUUCCAUCUCUGACGCCGGCUCCAACUCGUUCACCAUCUCUGUUUCUGGGUCCGCGAGCGCCGCUGCAUCCGCCUCGGCGUCUGGAUCAGCUCCCAGUGCUUCCGCUUCUGACUCUGGCUCUGCCUCCGUCUCCGACGCUGGCUCCAACUCGGCCACAAUCUCUGCUUCUGCGUCUGCAUCAGCUUCUGCUUCGGCCACUGGUGCGUCAGUCUCGGGCUCCGUCUCUGAUGCCGGCUCUAUCGUUAACUCUGCCACUGUCUCCAUCCAUGGAUCUGCAAGUGAUGCCGCGUCCGCUUCAGCAUCCGUCUCUGGAUCCGCCAGCGGCGCUGCUUCAGCCUCAGCUUCCGCUUCUGCUGCGGCCAGCGCCAGUGCCAGCGCCUCUGCUUCGGCGACUGACGUCUGCGAGGAGGACAACGAUGGUUUCUCCUCCGGCACGGCGAGCAAGACCGGUAGUGCUUCUGCGGCUGCCACUGCCGGCGUUUCCGCGGGAGCUUCUGGUGGAAUCUCUGCUGUAGCUUCCGGCAGUGUUUCUGCUGCUGCGACUGGAGGUAGCAAUGUCUCCGCGAGCGGUUCCAACGCUGGAGCGACUGCCACCGCGGUUGCCACUGGCACUGACGGCCUCCCUCUGCCCACGCCUGUUGAUACCAACAACGCGUCUGGAAGCAACUCGGCCUCGGGAACUGCGAAGGCCGUCCCCACCGGCUCUGGCGCUAGCGGAAGUGCUUCUGGUGCUGGCUCUGCCACUGCAACUGUGGUUGCCACCGGCACCGAUGACCUUCCUUUGCCUACCCCGGUUGAUACCAACGGCGCAUCCGGUAGCGACUCUGCUACCGGAACUGCCAAGGCUGUUGUCACGGGCUCUGGCUCGCUCAGCGUCACUGGUUUCGUUUCUGACAAGGCUACUGGAACUGGUUCAACCGCUGUCCCUGCGCAGAACACCUUCACCCUCUCGCCGGCCAUGACCACCAGCACCGUGUUCACCACCUCGGUCUACACCGUCACCUCGUGUGCCUCUUCCAUCACCAACUGCCCUGUUGGCCAGGUGACCACUGCCACCAUCGCCUUGUACACGACCGUCUGCCCCGUCAGCGCCGUUUCCACUGCCGCUGCCACGCCUUCCACCACUCAGUUCACUACCAGCACCGUUUACAAGACCAACGUCUACACGGUCACCUCGUGUGCCUCCACCGUCACCAACUGCCCCGUCGGCCAAGUCACCACCAAGGUCGUCCCGUGGUACACCACCAUCUGCCCCGUCACUGCCGCGACCCCCACGACGAAGGCGUCUACCAAGGGCAAUGACAAGGCAUCCACCAAGACCGGAAAGGAGUCUCACAAGCACUCCAAGACGGGUAGCGCCUCCAAGACGCCCAAGGCCACGGACAACGGCAGCAGCCCCAAGACGACUCCUGGCCAGGGAGGCAACAAGGACGUUCCCAAGACCACUGGGGGUGACCAGGGCGGCAACAACCAGCCCUCGGUCAGCGUCCCUGCUUCUCCCAAGACCACGAGCCCCGGUGGCGGCAGCAGUGACAAGUGUACUGGCGCCAACUGCUCCAGCAACAAUGGCGGUAACAACGGUGGAAACAAUGGUGGAAACAACGGCAGCAAGGACUCAACCACGACGCUCAAGACGACGCUGACCGUCCCCAUCACGGCGGUCGGCAAGUCCAACUCCACUAUUCCGGCGACGGGCACCGGGUCCCCCAACAAGCCCACUUCCGGCAUCACCACGGCCACUCCCAUCACGACCAAGCCGGUCCAAGCUGGCGCAGGCAAGGUCGGCGUCGUUGGCUUCGCGGGACUUGCCGCGGUGGCCGCCGCAUUUCUUUUGUAA